UGCUCAGACGGUUGAAUCAAAGUGUUGAAGGGUGAGACGUGAACGGAUACAGAUGCGGUUGGUUUGUACACGGCGUUUCUCGACAGAUAUUUUGAAACAGUUUCUCCCACAAACUGGAAUAAGACUUAACCUUAUGUCACCUUAGCCCACAGUGCUGUCACGGUGCUCGCACGCGCGUGUUUGGUGAUGACUGGAAGUAGUGCCUGGAGCUUCCUCCACAAGACAACAGGGUGAAAACUUUGGUAACGUAACUGUUGUUAGAAGAUGUGCCAUCCACUAAGGGAAAAGAAGACUACCCCUAAAGCGAGAACUUCUUAUGGGAAUCUGGCAUGGGAUAGGAGAAAUCCUCCCCUAUCCAGAUCAGUCUAUCAUCUUCUGUAACUCCACUCAGAGAGUUGAGCUUCUUGCAAAGAAAAUCACCCAGCUUGGUUAUUGGUGUUUUUACAUUCAUACAAAGAUGAUGCAGGAGUGCACAAAUUGUGUGUUCCAUGACUUCAGAAAUGGAUUGUGCAGAAACCUGGUCUGCACGGGGUGUUUUGGUCACUUGGGUCUGGCCAGCAAUCUGAAGCAGCAUUGACAGGAACCUAUAUGUGGCAGUUUCACUCUGUUGUCUCAGAUGAUGACAGUGAAGGGGAAGUGGAAAAGCCAUGAACUUGGAGCUGCAUGAAUGAAUGUAGGCUGCUACCAUCUCAGACUAUGGGCAGUGUGUUGGCUGCCGCCUCCCCCAGUCCAGCCCCAGCUGCAGCUGGAAGUGGUCAAGGGGUACCAGGCUUGGUCUCAGUCCCUCCUGGGUUCACUAUGCCCUCAGUGUCUUCCGUCCCUCCAGCAUCUGGAUCUGACCAGCAGACGGCAGAUGCGCAGUCCUCACUCUCAAACCCAGGAACAUAUGAGGAAUGCCACCGCAAAUGUAAAGAGGUGUUUCCUCUGCAGAUGGAAGGGGUGCGGUUAUUGGUCAACAAAGGCUUGAGUAACCACUUCCAGGUCAGCCAUACUGUUACCCUCAGCACCCUGGGUGAUUCCGGAUAUCGAUUUGGUGCUACCUAUGUAGGCAGUAAACAGACUGGGCCAGCAGAGUCAUUCCCAGUGUUGGUUGGAGAUAUGGACAACACCGGCAGCCUGAAUGCCCAGGUCAUCCACCAGCUUACAACUGCUGUGCGCUCCAAAAUAGCCAUACAGACUCAGCAGCAUAAGUUCGUGAACUGGCAGUGUGACGUGGAGUAUCGAGGAGAAAACUUCACAUCUGCUGUGACGUUCGGAAAUCCAGAUAUACUUGUUGGAUCUGGGAUUUUGGUGGCCCACUAUCUUCAGUCUAUUACACCAGCGCUGACUCUCGGUGGAGAGCUGGUGUAUCACAGGAGACCAGGGGAGGAAGGAACGGUUACUUCUCUCUUGGGCAGGUACACAGGUGAAAAUUAUGUUGCUACGUUGACUUUGGGAGGAGCAGGAGCUCAUGCUACAUACUAUCACAAAGCCAAUGAUCAGUUGCAGGUAGGAGUUGAAUUUGAAGCCAGCACAAGGAUGCAAGACACCACAACAUCCUUUGGUUACCAGUUGGACCUUCCCAAAGCAAACUUGCUCUUUAAAGGAACAGUUGACAGUAAUUGGGUGGUUGGUGCAACCCUUGAGAAAAAGUUGGUGCCGCUGCCUCUCACACUGGCCCUUGGGGCUUUCCUCAAUCACCGUAAGAACAAGUUCCAGUGUGGCUUUGGUGUCACUAUUGGCUAGAGGUUCCGGGGCUGCUUGUAACCAGCCCGCAGGCCAAAGCUUGGACCGGCACAGAGACACACAGGAAACCCGGACUAAGUUUUAAAAAAUUGGAUUCAGAGACUCUCUAAUAACUGUGAUUUCUGGGGCAGACAGAGAGACAAAAAUGACUAUCGAGGAGCCAGGAUUGGCCAAGCCAUGCCUACAUACUGUAGCACAAAUGUCUUUCCUUUAUGGUGUGUUGGAUGUACCCAGAGUCUAGAGAGAUGUAUAUCAGAGGGCAUCAUGUGAUGCAUGAGAACAUGUGAAAAUCAAAGUAAGUGGUGAGACAUAAUAUAUGGUGGUUAUGUAUAAAUUGAAAUAAAUGUGAUUACUUUUUGUA